AUGGCGCCCACACAGUACAAGAAGCCGCCACAGCUGCCACCCAAGUUCACUGCUACCAAGGAGAGCCUGCUAGCGGACACAAAGAGGCUGAUUGAGAGGUCGCGAGCUGUGCAGGAUGCUGUUGUCAAGUCUGGCGAAGCGACCUUUGCGAAGGCUCUCCUUCCCAUCGCCCGGGAUGACAACAAGAUGGCCAUUGAGUCGCACAUCAUUGGCUUCUACAACGCCGUCUCUACAAGCAAGGAGCUCCGCGAUGCGUCGAGCGAGGCAGAGCAGCUGCUUGAUGACUUCGGCAUCGAGUCAUCUAUGCGCGAGGAUGUCUUUCAGCUGACCGACAAGGUGCUGAAGGCGAAGGAGCCGUUGGACCCUGAGUCCCAGCGCCUGCUGGAGAAGGACCACAAGUCUUUCAUUCGCAAUGGUCUGAACAUUCCUGCAGGCGAGAAGCGCGACAGGUUCAAGGCGAUCAAGCAGCGUCUCAGCACCAUCGGCAUUCAAUUCUCGAAGAAUCUGAAUGAGGAGAAUGGAGGGCUUUGGUUCACACCUGAGGAGCUGCACGGCGUGCCAGAGGACGUCUUGACUGGCUUGAAGAAGGGCGAAGGUGAGAAUGAGGGCAAGCUCUGGCUCACUUUCAAGUACCCCGACCUGUUCCCGACCCUCAAAUACGCUACAAACGCCGAGACACGAAAGAAGGUCUUUGUCGAGAACGAGAACAAGUGCAACCAGAACGUCGAUCUCUUCCGCGAGGCGAUUCUCCUCCGCGACGAGGCCGCUCGCAUCCUCGGAUACAAGAACCACGCCGAGUUCAGGAUAGAAGACAAGAUGGCCAAGACACCCAAGACAGUUGAUGACUUCCUCGGCGACCUGCGCACACGCCUUGCACCAGGUGGCAAGAAGGAGAUUGAGGCCUUGAUGGAGUUCAAGAAGAAGGACGUCAAGGAGCAGGGCCUGACUGGUGAGCUGGCCGAGAAGUACUACCUUUGGGACCAUAGGUACUACGACCGCCUGAUGUUAGAGAAGGAUUUCCAGCUUGACCACCAGGUCAUCGCUGAAUACUUCCCUCUUCAGACUACCAUCCAGGGCAUGCUGAAGAUCUUCGAGGAGCUCUUUGGCCUGGCUUUCAUCGAGAUUGUGGGCGAAGAGAGGACUGCUCUGGCAGAUGGUGGCAAGGCCGAGGAUAUUGUCUGGCACCCAGAGGUCCAGGUUUUCAGUGUUUGGGAUGAUGAGGGCGAGGGCGCUGGCUUCGUUGGUUACCUUUACCUCGAUCUCUUUCCCCGUGAUGGCAAGUACGGACACGCUGCCAACUUCAACUUGCAGCCUGGUUAUAUAGAUGAGAACGGCAAGCGACGCUACCCUGCCACCGCUUUGGUCUGCAACUUCUCGAAACCGACACCGAAGAAGCCUUCGCUCCUGAAGCAUGAUGAGGUCGUCACCCUCUUCCACGAGCUUGGUCACGGAAUCCACGAUCUUGUCUCUCGCACAACCUACUCUCGUUUCCACGGCACCAAUACAGUCCGCGACUUUGUCGAGGCCCCAUCUCAGAUGCUCGAGAACUGGUGCUGGACACCCUCGCAACUCCGCUCUCUGUCGCACCACUACUCUCACCUCUCACCUGAAUACGAGCAGGCGUACCUCGAGUCGUCUGGUGCUGACAAGAAGCCCUCUGAUGAGCGCAUCCCCAACUCUCUCAUCAGCAAGCUUAUCAACACCAAGCACGUCAACGACGCUCUGUUCAACUUGAGGCAGUUGCACUUCGGCACCUUCGACAUGACCAUCCACGAGCCCAGCAGUCACGAGGAGGUUGAGAAGCUUGAUAUCACGCAGUUGUACAACAGCCUCCGCCAGGAGAUCUCGCAGCUUGACGGUCCCGAGGCCCUCAGCGGCGACAAGAAGGGCGACUGGCACUGGGGCAACGGGCAAGCUACAUUUGGUCACUUGAUCGGCGGAUACGAUGCUGGCUACUACGGCUACCUCUCCUCCCAAGUAUACUCCACCGACAUGUUCUACUCCGUCUUCAAGAACGACCCCAUGAACCCCAAGGAAGGCCGCAGAUACAGGCACACCGUGCUCGAGCGUGGCGGAUCGAAGGAGGAGAUGGAUAUCCUUGAAGAGUUCUUGGGCAGGAAACCGAGCACCGAGGCGUUCUACAAGGAGCUCGGGAUUUCCAAGUAG